UUUUUUUUGCCGAUGCCCGUGAUGCCGCACCGGGCAACCGCCCAUGUCGCCCGUAUCAAAAACCGCUACUGCUAACAGCACAUCCUGACUGUCAUGUCACAAUCAUUUGGCUCACUGGGUAAAUAAAAUGAAGUCUAUGGUAUGUUCUUCUAUCUGGCUGCUGUGGAACUCGUUUCAUCCGCCCUGCGACUGCAUUUCCUCCAUCAUCACUGAUCCUAGCUGACCUGAAGCAAACAUGAAGCCUGUAACAUAACAAAGGACAUCACUAAUGAUCACUGGGCUCAUACGGCAUGCUUCAUGCAGCAGCAACUCAACAGGAAGUAGUUUUUACUCACUCAGGCUCCAGCUGUGACUUUAACAGCUGCUCAUAAAACUAUAAAUAUAUUAAAAUGCAGUCAGAAGGAACAUUUACACCAUCUGCUGCAUGUCGAUGCUGCAGCAGCUCCUUCAGGUGAGUCCAGGUAGCUCAGGAGCUGUGAUGAAGUAUGGCUUCCCCUCACUGGGCAACAUCAAGACCAGAGAAUCCUACGUCACCUCCUACGACCCCCGCACGCGCACUGCAUCCUGGGUAAUAGAGCGGCUAAAUCCCGCCUCCCUGAGCGGCCUGUCAGACAGGAAGUACUGCGAGUUCAAAGAGGAUGACAGCGUUCAUGUUUUCCACCGAGCGACCAAUGCCGACUACAAGGGGAGCGGGUUCGACAGGGGCCACCUGGCCGCAGCAGCCAACCACAAGUGGAGCCAGAAAGCCAUGGACGACACGUUCUACCUGAGCAACGUGGCUCCACAGAACCCUCACCUGAACCAGAAUACCUGGAACAACCUGGAGAAACUCUGCCGCUCCCUCACCAAACGCUACCUCAACGUCUACGUCUGCACUGGCCCGCUCUACCUGCCCAGGCAAGAGGCUGACGGGAAACUCUACGUUCGAUAUCAAGUGAUAGGAGGAAACCACGUUGCCGUGCCCACACACUUCUUUAAGGUGCUGAUCCUGGAGCAAGCAGAUGGGAAGGGGGUGGAGCUCCGUUCAUACGUGUUACCAAACGAACCUAUCAGCGAGCAGGUUCCUCUGGAGCGUUUCCUGGUUCCCAUAGAAACCAUCGAGCGCACGUCAGGACUCCUGUUUGUGCCAAACAUCAUGAAGAGGACCGGCGGCGGCGUACGGGCCAUCACUGACAGAUGAGCUGCAUUACCCACAAUCCU